AUGUCAGCCAAUAACAACCAAAAUAGGAGAGUGCAGGAGACUUACGUGAGCCGGCAUGGCCUGAAUAAUCCGCACUUGCUUGAUGUGUCGGAAGGGGGCAUUGAAAAUAAAACCGAGAUGCUCGAUAGCAUUCACGAACUGAUACUUUUGAGGGAGGAAGCGGAGGCUCGUUAUGCCAGAAGAUCCUUAUCCGUGAACCAACGGCAGACCACGGUCGACGUCUUGAAGCCGGAUGGCAAUUGUUUAUAUUCACCAAUGGCGCGUAUUGCUAUUCUUGAAGGAUCUGAAUUAUGGCACAGCACCGUCAGGUUGAGUUUUGGUGAAGUAACUGACGAUAUUCACGCUCGUAGCAAGUUAUCGGUUUUAGCUUCGGGUGGCGGUUGUGCAAGACGCUGCGGCGAGAUUGCUAAUCAAUCGGCAUGA